AAUAUAGAACGCAAUGUGUGACACAGAUGGCAUUUCUUUGAGACACAUCGACCUCAGACAUGUUGCCUGCCGUAUCUGUUGCAGCAAUGUAGGUCAUUUUCUCUGGCAGCUGAACGGGAGGAACCAGAUGACGCCGAGGGCGAAAUGAGCUGGCAGAAGCAUGUGACCCGGCCAGUCAACAGAGCUGCUUCUGUUUUGCAAGCGGCAGUGUUGGUUAUCAACAAAGUAUGGAAUGUUCUACAUGAGAGCGUGACUUAACUGUUUAAACCGGUCAGGUUGAAGACGACGAGCAACCCCAGUUUACCACACAUUAAGUUAGAAGUGCUAAACGAAUGGCGUGCGUAACUAAAGACAAAAGGGAGCGUGAUGGUCUUGUGAAACACACCGGAGGCUGUCACUGUGGCGCGGUGCGUUUUGAGGUGUGGAGCUCUCCAGAUUUACACGUGUUCAAUUGCAAUUGCAGUAUUUGCACAAAGAAACAGAAUCGCCACUUCAUUGUGCCAAAAUCCCAGUUCACCUUGCUGCAGGGAUCAGACAACAUAACCGCGUACACAUUUAACACACACGUGGCCAAGCACACAUUCUGCAAAACGUGUGGCGUCCAGAGCUUCUACAUGCCACGUUCCAACCCUGAUGGAUUUGGUGUGGCACCUCACUGUUUGGACCCUGGAACAGUGAGCAGUGUCACUGUAGAAGACUUCUUUGGACAGAACUGGGAGGAAAGCAUGCAGAAGCAUCAAACUAUAAGAAGUAUGUCAAAAACAACAACAGACACAUGACGUCUAUCUAUGUUUCUAUCGCCCAGUUGAGCCCUAUGACUUAAUUGUACUCUCCUGCUUCUCAAGGCAGUUAUUACUGAUAUAUUAAAAUCAUGAAUCAAACUUUAA